GUGAAAGUUGCGAGUGGUGAACUGUGGUGCCUGGUUAGUUGGCUGGUUAUAGUAGUUUUUCUAACCCAGCUUUCCCUCUGGAGUCUGUGUAUCUGUGUAUUGGAUCAUCUAUGCUCUGCACUCUAGUAAACAAUACCAGGUGUUCUGUGACAAUACUCUUGUGUUAGUCUUGCGAACUCUGAGCACGUUGUGGCAGCGAGAGCAUGGCUUCGCUGUUCAAAAACAAGCGGUCCACUCUUGAGAGGGUGGAGAAAUUCGUCAGUCCGGUCUAUUUCACGGAUGUCAAUCUUUACGGUAGGAUCUACCCUGAAGCCAAAGAGUUAACUAGUCUGUCCGUGUGGUCUACACCCGACCGCGUCUCGUUCGACGAAGCAUCUAAGCGACCUGACUUCGUGAACACCAGUGUCGGUGCUCAGUUCGGACCGACGUGGACUACCUGCUGGUUUAAGAUUGUCAUCGACAUUCCGAACAAGUGGUGCGGCAAAGAAGUCCACCUACGAUGGGACUCCGAAAGUGAAGCACUUCUUUUCACGAAAGAUGGGAAACCUCUUCAAGGGCUUUCAGGUGGCGUAAGUCAUCAGGAGCGGCAGACUUUCACCAUCACACCAUCUGCAAGUGUUUCGUGCCUGCACUAUGAGUUCUUCCUAGAAAUGGCUUGCAACCAUCUUUUUGGUGCCGGCACUCCUACUAUGAUCAGUGCUCCUGACCCCAAGAAGACGUUCACACUGAAGAAAGCAGAUGUUGCUGUUUACGACAAGGAAGUCGACGCUCUGGUCACUGAUCUGGAGCUCUUGGCUGAGAUGGCGAGGGAGUUGCCCAAGGAUGGCAUUCGUUCUUAUGAGGCACUGUACGCUGCCAAUGAAAUCGUUAAUUGCAUCGACGUCAAUGACAGGAGUUCACUAAAGGCAGCCAAAGACAUAGCUGACCGAUUUUUUGGGCAACGCAACGGAGAGUGUCAGCACACCAUAGCAGCAAUUGGAAACUGCCACAUUGACACAGCCUGGCUGUGGCCCUAUGCUGAGACCAAGCGAAAGUGUGCCCGAAGCUUCGCGUCUGCACUUCUGCUGAUGGAGAAGUUCCCAGAAUACACCUUUGCCUGUUCACAGGCGCAGCAGCUGUCCUGGGUGAAAGAAAGCUACCCGUCACUGUUUGAGAGAAUUCAGCAGUACGCCAAAAAAGGCCAGUUCAUUCCGGUUGGUGGCACAUGGGUUGAAAUGGACGGCAACCUGCCUAGCGGAGAGAGUUUUGUUCGGCAAUUCCUCUACGGACAGCUUUUCUUCGAGAAAGAGUUCGGCACUCGGUGCAAGGAGUUCUGGCUUCCGGACACAUUUGGAUACUCUGCUCAGCUUCCCCAAAUAAUGAGGAUGUGUGGGGUUUCCCGAUUUCUCACUCAGAAGUUGAGCUGGAAUUUGGUGAACAAGUUUCCCCACCACAACUUCGUCUGGGAAGGCCUUGAUGGCAGCACAGUGUUGGCCCACUUUGCUCCCUCCGAAACGUAUGGAGCAGAACUCCGUGUGGCUGAAGUGGUGAAAACAGUGACAAACUUGGAGGACAAAGGGCGGGUGUCGCACAGCAUUCUUCUCUUCGGCCAUGGGGAUGGAGGAGGUGGUCCCACAGAGGCCAUGCUGCGGCGUCAGUUGAGGCUGCAGGACGUUUGCGGGCUCCCGAAGGUUACCUUGUCCACGCCAGAUGCCUUCUUCUCGGUCUUGGAAUCAGAGUCUCGAAACCUGUGCCGCUGGUCGGGCGAAUUGUUCUUGGAGCUUCACAAUGCAACGUACACCACGCACGCUCGUACCAAGCAGCUUAACCGAAUGUGUGAAGAGGCACUGAGAGAUGCUGAGAUGAUCUAUUCGGUGGUAUUGGCACUUGCACAAUACGUGGCACCUUAUCCUUGUGGAGAAUUUGAAGGCUGCUGGAAGGACGUGCUUGUCAACCAGUUUCACGAUGUCCUCCCAGGAACCUGCAUUGCCCAGGCACGAGAAGAUGCCCAAGCAAUCAACUGUCAAGUGCUGAACCGCGUGAGACAGUUAAGCGACGAAGCUUUGGAGAAGCUUUUCGGCACAUGUGAUGACCACAACAGCGGCGACCUGGUGUUCGUGAACACUUUGUCGUGGAGUCGGUCAGAAAUUGUCUUGGUGCCCUGGAACCGGGAAGAACUCUCCAAGCGCUGCUGGAUCGAAGGUGUAGAUGACAACGCCAUGCAGGAGACUGAUUGUGGUACACUGGUGUCAAUUGUAGCUCCAUCUGCUGGCUACAAAGUGCUCCGAGGCAUCUCUUCCCACAAGGUGCCUGUCCUGGCUGUGGAAACUGCUCCUGGCGUGAUUCGACUGCGCAACCAGUUCCUGGAGGCCAAGUUGAACAACGUCUGUGAAGUUUCGUCGCUGAAGAUCCUGGGUGGUUCCAAAGAGCUUGUCUGUGCAGACAGACUAGCAAAUGUGUUUGUUAUGUUCGAUGAUAUUCCGCUCUACUGGGAUGCCUGGGACGUCAUGGACUACCACCUUGAGACUGGAAGGCCAGCGGUUAAGCAGGUACUCGAACCAGCUACCAUAUUGGAGCAGGGGCCCCUGAAAGCAGCUGUCAGAGUGAAAUUCACAGUUGGUGUGUCGAGCGUCAUGACGCAGACUGUUAUCAUCGACGCAGUGCACCCUUAUCUCAGGUUUGACACAGAAGUGGAAUGGAAGGAAAACCACAAGUUUCUCAAGGUGGAAUUUCCAGUCAACAUCUUGUCUCGGCGGGCCACUUACGAAAUCCAGUUUGGGAACGUGGAACGACCAACCCACUCAAACACGUCAUGGGACUGGGCAAAAUACGAGGUGUACGGCCACAAGUGGAUUGACCUCAGCGAACAUGGUCACGGCGUUGCACUGCUGAACACGUGCAAGUAUGGCCAUGCAGUCCACGGAAACGUCAUGCGGCUCUCGUUGCUUCGAGCACCCAAGAGCCCGGACCCUGAAGCUGAUAUGGGUCACCACAAGUUCACCUACGCCCUCAUGCCGCAUCAAGAAUCGUACGAACUGGGCUACCCUCUUAAGGCUGUUGUCUGCAAUACCGAAUCAAAGCUUUCUGGGAUUCUGAAUUCACAGAAAUUGCUGAUGGAGUCCGCCUCAUGGUUUCAGGUGUCAUGUCCAGCGGUGGUGUUGGAGACGGUGAAACGAGCCGAGCGUCACCCUGAUGCCAUAGUCCUUCGGUUUUACGAGGCAUACGGUGGGGAAGCGACGGCAGCAGUGACCACGUUCCUUCCAGUUGCCCGGGUAGUGAUGUGCAAUGCUCUCGAAGACGGUGGCGCCGAUCUGCUUCUCAGCGGGGGAACAAUUCAGCUUGUCUUCAAACCUUUUCAGGUUGUGUCAGUGCUAGUGUUUCUGAAAACCCUCACCAAGUGAAUCUUGUCUUCCUCGAAACCAGCAUGAUGAAUUCAAGGCACAGAACGUCAGCUAGUAGAACUCACUGUUGGGCUAGUUGGCACCUGUAUAAAUAAAUAGUCAACUUAAUGCCAAAAUCACAAACACACAGAAGAAGAAAACAUAUACAGGACGGGCGCUCACUAAAAACUGUUUAUUUCUUGAGGAAACGGGCUAUUAUAAACCCAUUUAUUAUCAACACAUGCGCAACAUGAUUGAGCCGUCGCUUACCUAAUCACGCUAUCGGACUCAUGCUCUCUAGAGAACGUGGUUUAGACCCAUAUAGGUUAAGCGAUGUUUCGCUUACACAAUUAAUAUUCUGUUUCUUUAUGUGAUAGGCCUCCAAAUUUCCCGUGCCACCUUGAUUUCACUUUUUCCCAGGAUCCUAAUCUGCAUGAAGCUUAGUGUGCAUCCACAUGAAGUGACAUGCGCGCUUUGAUGCGCACCGCUCUUAUUCUUUACCACGAGAGCGUGUUCUCUCACUCGAUUAUUGACGCAGUGCCCCAUGUGGCCAACAUAGCUCAUCCCGCAUGAUAGGGGUAUUUCGUGCACCACUCUAGUGGCAUAUGAAGUGCUUCUUUUUCCAGCCUUUUGGCUGUUGAGCAUGACUUCCAUUGAUGUGAGGGCACAACUUUGCCUAUUUGUUUGGUGCAGCGAACAUCAUCAGUACACCAUGGCAACUCACCAACUUUUUUAGGUUGUGUUUAACCUUUAUAAGGUACCACCUCCGGCUGCUCUUUAUCUUUUUGUGCUUCAGCCGGGCCUUUUUUUACAUUCCGCAGAAGGCAUUCCACAACCGCAUAUGAAAAGUUCGACUGUGUGCUUUGUUUGCUUUUUUUUCUUGCAUAGUCGUUCAUGGAUUGAGUUGUUAUAGAAAGUGUGUGGCUUCACACUUGGAAGACGGGAAUUGUUUGAAAGUGAUGCAUGUGAUAAAUAAUCACUAUGCCGUAAUGGCCAAUCACAGUGGCGGUCCAUAUUUUCAGGAGACCGCGAAUGCUUGAUAAGCGUAUGGGAUUCUGCACAUGGUUUUACAAGGAACGCAUACUGACAUUCCUGUAAGCAUGACAACAGGUGGCACAUAUUGGGAUCAGGGUAAUGCUUAAUAGUGGACAAGCUAAAACCCUCUCUAGUCUGAAACACUUGUGUAGAUGCACCAUAAUCUGUGCAUAAACUUACAGCACUUAUAUUAUUACUACACACCCUACUUUAUUCUGUGCUUAUGACACCUGCUGCAUCUUGCCUAUGACAUUGUAACCCCAACACGUUUCUGCACAUUUUCUCAACAUAGCGUCGUAAGAUUUCUUCUUUUUUACCAUUUAACUUUUAAGCUUACGCAUAUUUUGAAGUGUUGCACUGCGUUUUGAUUAUUGUCCUUUUUUCUUUACCUGUAAACUACAAUGACUUCCUCUAUUGUUGCUCUUGUUACAAUGUAUUUUGUUGUUAAUAAUUUGCACUGUUGCAUUUCUCCGUGCGACUUGUCUUCUGAAUUCGCUGUAACCACCUUUCUUAGCACCUUUGGGCUUGUAAUGUAUUUCAAUAAAUAAAUAAUCUUCAACUGGGAAGUGUUCUUUGCACA